AUCUGCUGACCAAGAAGAGACUUCUGUUGUUCCCCUUCUUAAUGCAGGCUUCGAUAGGCAAUUCAUGGAGGAUAGCAGCAUAACUGCUUGUUACAAUGAACUGGUUCAAAUAGAACAUGGGGAAGUGAGAUCUCAGUUCAAAUUACGGGCUUGUAAUGCAGUGUUUACAGCAUUAGACCAUUGUCAGGAAGCUAUAGAAAUAACCAGUGAAGAUCAUGUCAUUCAGUAUGUUAAUCCAGCCUUUGAACGUAUGAUGGGAUAUCACAAGGGAGAGCUUAUUGGCAAGGAACUUACUGAACUACCAAAAAGCGAUAAAAACUGUGCAGAUCUUUUAGACACUAUCAAUGCAUUUAUUAAAAAAGGAAAGGAAUGGCAAGGAGUUUACUAUGCAAGAAGAAAAUCAGGAGACAGUAUCCAGCAGCAUGUGAAGAUAACACCUGUGAUAGGCCAAGGAGGGAAAAUAAGACACUUUGUGUCCCUCAAAAGGCUGCAUUGUACCAAUGAAAACAACAAACAGCUUUACAAGAGUCGCUGUGAUGAGAAGUACACAGGAGACAAUUCUCAGUCAGAAUCCCAUUCCUUCAAAUGCAAGAACAGAAGGAAAGACUCAACUGAUGUUAAGUCAAUAACAUCUCAAAGUAGUGAUGCUCCAAGUUUACAGACCCGACGGUACUCUUCCAUGGCGAGGAUCCAUUCCAUGACAAUAGAAGCUCCUAUCACAAAGGUUAUUAACAUAAUUAAUGCUGCCCAGGAAAACAGCUCCAUCACAGUAGCAGAGGCCUUGGACAGAGUUCUGGAAAUCCUGCGGACAACGGAACUUUAUUCCCCUCAGCUAGGUACCAAAGAUGAAGAUCCUCACACAAGUGAUCUUGUUGGAGGUCUGAUGACUGAUGGCUUGAGAAGACCAUCAGGAAAUGAGUGUGUGUUUUCUAAGAAUAUGAACUUGAGCCAUAGUCACCUUUCAGUGCCAAACACCAUCAAUGAUGUUCCACCCUGUAUUGCACAGCUGCUGGAUAAUGAGGAAAGCUGGGAUUUCAAUAUUUUUGAGUUGGAGGCUGUUACAAAUAAAAGGCCGCUAGUGUAUUUGGGCUUGAAAGUUUUUGCCCGGUUUGGGGUCUCUGAGUUUUUAAACUGUUCAGAAGCAACACUGCGAGCAUGGCUGCAGGUGAUUGAAGCCAGCUACCACCCCUCCAACUCAUACCACAAUUCCACGCACGCGGCAGAUGUCCUGCAUGCUACCGCCUUCUUUCUCGGGAAGGAGAGAGUUAAGGGAAGUCUUGACCAUUUAGAUGAGGUAGCUGCCUUAAUAGCUGCCACCAUUCAUGAUGUAGACCACCCUGGACGGACUAACUCUUUCCUGUGCAAUGCAGGCAGUGAAUUAGCUGUCCUUUACAAUGAUACAGCUGUAUUAGAGAAUCAUCACACAGCACUGGCAUUUCAGCUUACAAGUAAAGACAGCAAAUGCAACAUAUUCAAGAAUAUUGAUAGAAAUCACUACCGGACAUUGCGCCAGGCCAUUAUUGAUAUGGUUUUGGCAACGGAGAUGACGAAACACUUUGAGCACGUGAACAAAUUUGUGAACAGCAUCAACAAGCCAAUGGCAUCUGAAGAGACCAGCUCACAUAGUGAAGGCAGCGACUGUGAGUGUACAGCCAACAUAAAGAAUUUUCCAGAUAACCAGACACUGAUCAAGCGCAUGAUGAUUAAAUGUGCAGAUGUAGCAAAUCCAUGCCGCCCCCUAGAGCUAUGUAUCGAAUGGGCAGGGAGGAUUUCAGAGGAGUAUUUUGCACAGACUGAUGAAGAGAAGAGACAGGGUCUGCCUGUUGUAAUGCCAGUAUUUGAUAGAAACACCUGCAGCAUCCCCAAGUCUCAAAUUUCCUUCAUUGAUUAUUUUGUAACAGAUAUGUUCAAUGCAUGGGAUGCAUUUGCACAUCUGCCUGUUUUGAUGCAACACUUGGCUAAUAACUACAAACACUGGAAAACACUGGAUGAGUUAAAGUGCAAGAGUCUCAGGCUCCCCUCAGAAAACAACAACUGA